AUGGAGAGCAAAAGAGCCACAAUAAAGGGACGUUUGAGUACUCCGUUGCCGGAGCUACCAUCUUCAGAAAUAUCACAACAAGACUGCCUGGUUCAUUUCUCACGUACCUCAAGUGAAGUUCACUUAGACUGUACAGUGAAGUCUCUAUUUAGUAGUGAUAGUAGUAGUAGUAGUCAGGUGCACUUUCCUUCAGUAGAAAUAGCAGGUAGCGAUAACGAUUCAGUGUUUCCUAAAGACAAUGAUAAGUAUUUCUUUUCUUCAAAUCAGAUUUCCCGCGCAUCGAGCGUGCCUUUAAGUAGACCAUUUGGUUUCUACCAUGAUCCGGACGAUGAGGUCAACAAGGCGACCUCCUCUAUGGACCGGAGCUCACCAACCCAGGUUUCCCUUUCCCUGGAGGGCACACAGCGCAUUAAAAUAACCCAGAAUUCCUCACCGAAUAAAAAACUGAAUUCGGUAUCAAUUGCACCGAGGGUGGCGCCCUCUUCACAAGACAUACAAGCUGUCCUUCAGUUUGACCCAUGUGAGGAUAUGCUCGAGAAUAUUAAUAGGUGUGAAUGGAAGCUAUACCACACUGUGAGAGAGAGCACAGAAACUUUUAGGUGCAAUCAGCACCUUAAUUAUCCUCUAGAGAACCUGUCUUCAGUUUCUCAUCAGGGUGAGGAAGAGGAAUGUACCAAAACUCAGGCACUGCCCGUUAGUCCCACUGGUGACUGCGCUUUUCGUGUGGGCGACUCUAAUAAAGAUCCAUUUUCACAGCUACCCAGAGCUAACUCGCUUGAUUUGGCGGGGAUUAGUGGAGUUCAGGAUAAUAGCAUACCAAACCGUGAUUUCACAGAGCCUGUCUUUCCCCCGGAUAUGGAUUUCCCGGAAGAUUUUUUUCCUGGCGAGGAUACUAUAGCGGAAGAUGAGGUUAUAAGCCCUUUUGAUAUUUGGGAGCCAGAUCCACCAUCUGUGUCUACGCUUACAAUGACUGUUUUGCACGAUCCUGCGAAUGAUAUGCCAGCUUUGGGUGUGUGUUUAGGAGACUUCAACGGGCAAAUUGAAUAUUUUGAGUUACUUCUUACCUCAUUUUGCGAUAAGGAUGAACCACCAAGUAAUCCCAACACUCACAACAGCUAUGAGUUCUGCCGAAGCGGCCACACCAGCAUGCCGCAUUCUGCGAAUAACUCGGACGUCAGUAGCACGGCCAAUUUUGUAGACUCCGACGGGUCUUUAAGCAAUAUACCAAACAUCUGGGGGUAUAAUGUGGCUCGACGACAUCGGCAUAGGGCCUACAUCAAAUCCAUUAACGCCCUGACAUCGGUCGCGGUCGAACCGUACGUAAAAUGUCUCGUCUUUGUCAACCCACUGAGUUCGCCGAAUAGGAUAACCUACCUCACCGCGAACGACCGGGUGAUCAAGCUCUUCCAGGUUCGUCGUGAGGGCAUCAGCAUGCUCCAUGCGUUUCCUUAUAUGAAUACGGUUCUGGGUGAACCCUUUUUAGGUUCACAGUACUUUGUAGGAACUCAUAGGCAAGUGAAUAUACUGCCCAUCAAGGAGUACGGGCCUAUGGCAAACAGUAUUCAGGCCUUGAGCCUCUCAGCGGACUGCGAAACAUUCAUGAGUGUUGAGGAUUUGCAGGUUUUUUGGUGCCACUUUGAGGCCUCGGACUCGACGAAGCCGACCUGCAUUGUCGAUCUUUGUCCCCGUUCCGGCGUGCUGGACGAGAUGGAGGAGCUCAUCACGGCGUCGUGUUUUCACCCCACCCACGGCAGCCUUUUUUUGCUCAGUCGCAGCUCUGGGAUCCUCAACGUCGGAGACCUCCGGCACCCGCCUUCCCGUGAGACUCGACAAUACGCCCUUACAACCAAAAUCACCCCCCAACAGAACCCCACCCGCUGCAUGACCUACGACGAGAUCCUCUGUAGCAUAUCCGCGGCGGCCUUUCUGAGCCCAGACCACAUCGUCACUCGGGAUUACCUGAGCUUGAAGCUGUGGGACCUGCGCAAGAUCAGCACCCCCUGUGAGAUGGUCCCUGUGAUGGACUAUGUGUCGCCUUAUUUCGACGCGCUCUACAACCAUGACUCCAUUUUCGACCGCUUCCCGGUGUCCGUCGAUGACAGGUCGGGGACCGUCGUGACGGGGCUCUACGAUGGCGCCGUGGCGGUCUGGCAGCCUCUUUCUACCGCGCAAAAUUCAACGGAGACGAUAAUGCAUUAUCGCGCCGAUCCUUUUCUCUGGCCCACUUCUACGGCUUUCUCCGGGAGGAUCAGCUCGAAGGUGUUGGGGGAAAAUUUAGCAUCGGCGUGGAAGCAGUCCUCCAGGCGGCCUGCCGAGGCCGAACUGCACAGCAUUUCCAGCAAUGAUGUAUUUAGCGGGUCGGAAGGGGGUCUAGACCUGAUACCGGAACCGUUUACCAAUAAGGUAUUGAGCAUCGCUUUAUCACCCGGUGGAGAACGCUUCGCAUAUACGUCUAAAAAUGGCCGAGUUAUUUACAUGUUUGAGCGCAUAGGGAAGACAAGCUGUAAAAGAUAA